AUGCGUCUAUGUCGGUUAGGAGACUUUGUCACGACAGUCGACGGCCCGGUGAUCUCUCGAUCGGACCAAAUUGGUCGGUUUAGCAUUGUAAAGGCUCUGGCCAAAGAAGGUCUCACUCGCGUGGGAGGAGUUUCGCUUCCUGCUGCGCUGAAAUGCUCGUCGUUUUCAUGGGAAACGAUAAUGGAUAAUGCUAAAGAUAAGAUAACGUGA